CCCCCGCUGCUUCGUCUCCUCAUGUCUUUCACCUCUGAGCUCUCACUUUCUGAGCGCGCGCUCCUCACACACGCACCAUGAGUAAGUCCAGCACGCUGAAAUUAAAGAAACUCUUUAAAAUUAAAUCCCAGGACAAGGAGCUAAAGCGCGAGGAGUUCCUCAAAGAUGCGUCGGCGACCCUCCCCCGGCAGGAUGCUGGUUCUGUUCCUGCGGGUCCCGGUUCUUUUGGGCCGGGAGACUGCGCCACGUUGCCCCACGAUGCUUCACCUGCUUCCCCGAGUGUCAAGAGGGGAAAGCUGCUGUCCUUCAAGCUGAGGAGGAAGAAAUCCAAGAGCGACAAAGAAGAAGGACAAGUUUUCUUCUCUGACCCGGAUGACCUGGACACCUUCAUCAGGCCACAGAGCUUCGACCAGAUGAGUGUUUCCACUGACUGCAGUUUCCGGACUGAAUCAGCCUGGGACCCUCACUCCGAGUUCUCUUCCAUGGUCAGCUUAGACAUGGCCCAGCCCAGCAGCCCCGUUUCACCCUCCAAGUUCUUCAAGAAAUCAGAAGAAAAAAGGGGGAUGUUAGGGCGCCUCAGCAGCAUAUUCAGCAGCCGCAGGAAGAAGAGCGGCAGCGGCAGGCAUCACUCAGAUGCCACUUCCAGCUCCCCGGCGUCUCCCUUGUCUCCACGUUCUCCCCAGUCUGAGCAGCAAGGUGGACAAAGAACUCCGACUCCCUCUGAGAAAGAUGGUGAGUUCAGGCCCAGAGGCGAGCGUGAGGUCGCCCUCAGCCGAAGCUCCACCCCCAGCACCUCUCUGAUGGAUGAUGGAGAUCUCCCGUUUGCAGACAGUAACAGCAGCGGCAGGGGGAGUGUAAAGGAGGUGCAGGUGUGCAGGGUUAGCACAGCUAGUGGUGUAAGGAAUUCUGGGAAAGUGACACCCACAGAUGGGGAGCUUAAAUCUUCUGCUCAUCCAAAUCCUGAUUCCAGCUCCAAUGUAAGCUUUACAGAGUCAGUGGUGGAUGAAGUAAGCAAGAGGCUGCAGGUUCACUUGGAACAAAGAGUUCAGAGCUCCAGUCAGGAUAACAUUGUCAGCCCAACCACUGUUAUGUCACUUAACAUCCCAUUUUCCAUGGCAACCGAAACCCCAAAGUCUCCAAACUUGACCUCUAUAAGCAUAGCAUCAAAGAAAACCUUUGUAAAAGUUGGAGAGAAGGAGCACAGCACUGCCUUAAGAGGGAUAACUUUAGGUUCUCAGUCACAAAACGUCACAGAAAACACAGAUGUAGCCAGAAGGAGAGCUCUGACAUCAACCAGCAGCCUUUCUGGGGAAAGUGCGGCCACCACAUGUUGCCUUUCCCCAGAGAGAGAACCACCCAGAGGCGAUUCUCCUGCCCAACUCCACAAAGCAAUAUGGGUGGAAACACACCUGGGAGAGGAGGAGGAGGAAUGGGAGUGGGAGGGGGGAAGAGAAAAAGAUGAACUGAAAGAAGAGGAGGGCGGCUUGAGAGCAGACUCGCCUCCUGUGCUGGCUAUACAUGUUACAGUAAUACCCGAGGAUGAGUCAGUAACGCAGGGCGCUGCAGACAGCCCCCCUCCCCCAUCAGAGAGUUUGCUGUCUGGUGGCAGCUCGCCAGAGUCAGCCAUCUCCUUGGCAGUGACUACAGAGGAGUUUCAACCAACUUUACAGCCUCUGGAGGAGCCUGACGCCGGCUCAAAUCAAGGUUCACUUCAGGAGAAAGGCAGAUCCAGAGAAAUCCGGGUGACGCGCAGGACUGUGAAUCUACCCUCCAAGCACAAGGUUUUUACAGAGAGGGCUUUUAUUAACCUGAAGACAAGUUUGGAAGAGGAGGAAGUGGUGGGAAAGGAAUGCAGCGCAGAUUCGACUUCAAAGCCCUCAAACACAGCAGAGGUGAAACUACUGACAACCCUCCAAAACGACAACAAUGUCGAAAAAGACGCCAACCUUGAACUAUCCCCAACAGCAGAUGACAGCACGCAGUGCGACAGCAGCCCUGGACCCAUAGCCAAAGAAGGCACCGACUCUGAGCCGUCUGAUACCGCUGCAGCUUCAGACAUGUACAAAACAAAGUCGAAAUCUGUGGAAUUUGUGGCACUAAGUCAUGGAUCCAACCAGGCUGCUCCCUCUAAACGAGGGGUUAAAGGAGCAGCAGAAAGUCAGCAUACCACAGCCAGCGGAACAAAGACCCCAUCCUCUGCUGCUGCAGCCAAGGCCAAGAAUGUCGCCACCAAGGCAAAGGGCUCCACAGAGGGAACUAAACCGGAAACCUCCAGCAUUUAUCCACCGCAGAGCGACAAAUCAGUGUCCAUGUUACCAGUAUUAAAAGAUCAAAGCAGUGCAACAGGCUCAAAGUCUAAAAUCCCCAAACGGCCUCCGUCAGAUGCUGAUGUGAAGUCACCGGUGACGCCUGAUAAAAUAUCAGCGCCUGAUGCCUCAGGGUCAGCAGUCACUUCCAAGCUGCAAAAACCACCAAGACUCAAGGAAGCUGUGAAACUCCCGACGGUUGCAACCAAAGCUGGCAGGAAACCGAGUUUUGAAGAAGCAAAAAGUGGGAAAUCUGCGUCAGGAAACACUUCACCCAUAAAAUCCCCUAACAAGACAGGAAAGCUGAAAAAGGAAAAGUCAGAUGAGGUCUUUGAGUCUGGAAACCUUGUAAAUGAGACGAGGAAGGGCCAGCUGAACCAUCUGGAGAGCAAUGCUGCCUCUACAUCAAAGAGCUGGUUACCAGUUUCAUCCCCAUCGAGAAACAAGACAGACGAUACGACUCAGUCAGGUGGCAACAGAAGAGCUUUGUCUGUCGAGACAGAGUCAGAGAAAGUUAAAACAAACCAGAAACGCAGCCACGAGCAGCGAGACACAACUCCGGACGCUGAGACACCAGCCUCGCUCCCUGAAAGUCCCAGGAAAGGAACAGCAAGCAUGCCAUCAAUGAAGCCAUCCAAGCUCCUCACUAAGCGAAGCAUUAGCCAUGAAGAGAACGACUCCACCCCGGCCACCAAGCAUGAGAAAACUGCCUCACUGAGGUUGUCCAAGACGACUGACAAAUACCACAAAUUACCCGUGAAGGACGCGACUGAGACCUCGUCGUCUGGGAGCAAGCUUCCCACAAGAGGUCAGAGAAGCUUCAACAGUAAAUCCCAAGUAAAAGCCAAAAAUCUGCAACAAUCAACAAAGGAUACAAACACAUUUACAGAGACGGUUCUCACAGCUAAAGAGACUUUCACAUCAGAUCCGGUGAAGGAGGAUGCCAGUCAUCGCUCGUCUUCUCUCAAAUCUACACUGGAAAACAUAAAAGCUCCAGAUAAACAGGCUGCUGAAGCCAGAAUGGAAGAACAAGAGGUGAGCACAGAGAGUUCAAGAAUCCCGUCAUCAGAAAACCACGAAGCAACCAUAACAGAAGACGCUCGGCUAAAAGUCGUAGCAGCUCCAGACUCAGGAACCGAGUUAAACCUAAGCAGCGAUGUUGAUCUGGCAUCUCCAUCUCAGUCACAAGUUCCUGAUGUAAAUCCUGCUGAAAGUGAUCUAGAACACCACCAGGCCGAGCAAACAGAAGCAGCGAUCAGUCAAAGUGACACCACACAGCAGCGGGACGCACUGUUAUCAGCAAGAACGUCCUCAACCUUUAAUAACAAAGAAGAGUUCAUCCAAGCGGAGGAUAAAGACACUGCAGCUCCAGCUCAUGGGGAUUUACCUGAUGCCUCAGCCAAAGCUCAGGAAGGUGUUACGCCUGGAAUUAUUUCCUUUAAAGGAAUAAAUACAGUAACUUCUGCAGCAGAAACCAUUAACAACCUUCCUGCUGAAGUGGCCUCAAGAGACCAGUUUCCUGAACCCAAAGAUGUACACUCCCACACUUCCACUGCUGGCUCAGACGACGCUAACCUGGCCAGUACAGAGGAGCUUUUGAAGGAUGAAACCACAGAUGAAAAUGGCAGCCUGUUCCACAUGUUAUGGGUGGAUUUGGUAAAAGAUUCUGUAGCAGAGGAGAAAAUUAAAGAGGAGGUUGGCAGGACAUCAGCUGAGGCUUUGGACGUCAGAACACAGACUGAGACUGUUUGUGAAAUACCCAAGAAUGUUGAAAAUCAGCCGGACAAAGAGGCCCUUUUAUCUGCAGGAGAACGUGAAAGAAGGGAGAAAGACCCAAAACCAAAUGAAACGCUUGAUGAUGCAGCAGUAGAAAGCACUGACUCACAUAACAGCUCCCAAGAGGAGCUUAAAGACAGAGCUACUGAGGGUAAAGCAGAGAAGCCACCACUUCCAUCAUCAGAAGAGAAAUACUCGCAGCCUGAAGCCAAAGAGCAACCACAGGAGGUAGUUAGAAAGGUCCUGGAAGAGAGAACGAAGAGGCACAAGAUCCUUUUAGAAGAAAAGAAUAAAGAAGAAGAGCAGCAAAUGACAACAAAAGAUGGGGAUAUAAAGGAUGACCACGGAGGUCUGGACAACAAACACACUGAUGAUGAGAAGAAAAGGCCAACAGCGAAAGAAACAAACAAAACCAAAAUGUUGAGGGUUGAAUUUGAAGAAGGCAACAAGGAGAAAAAGAUCUUAAUUCCUGGAAACGAAGGCAUGAAUGAUAAAACAGCGGACGCUCGUACAUCAGCAGAGCCUGAAUGUCCAAAUGUGGACCAAGAACAAGAAUUCAAUCAGAUUACAGCCACACUAAAGACAUCAGAGAGAACUUUACAUGUAGAAACUCAAGAAGUAAAAUCUUUAACCACUAAAGAGCAGAGAACCGAGAGUGUUAAAGAUGAAGCAGAAAGAAUUCAUUCAUCAGUAGAGAGGGGCUUCCAGCUAAACCAGGUGUCCGUUACGGGUGCAGACCAAGAUGAGAACAUCAAGCUUUUAAACCAGAUAUCACAGCAGGAACCACAGAUCGGACGAACUGAAGAUGAUAAGACAAAAGAUGCCCAGGAAACUUAUGCAACUCAGGAAUUAAGCUCUGGAAGUAUUUAUGCUGAAGAAAAAACAGAGAAAACUGAACUCAGCAAGUCUUCAGAGAGCUGGAUGAAGGAAAUGUCAGCUGUUAAGAGUGAGGAUGGCAAGCAGCAGGUCCAGAUGGCCGUAACUGCUGGGUACCAGGAUGGAAGCAUGUCAGAGGAGGACAAACCAGCUGAAUCCAAACAUCCACAAUCUGACCAAAAGGAGAGGCCAGGGGCAGAAACGGCAGAAGCUCCAGAGACAGCAGAAACUCAACGACUAAAAGAUAAAAGUACCAGAAGGCAGGGGGCUGAAGGAGCUGCAGAUGAUACUUCAUCAGGGGAGAGUUCGGUAAAUGACACAACUAGUGAACGUCUGGAAGACCAAAAGUCCACAACUGUUGGGGAUCAAGAUGUGGACAUUAAGAAACCAGAAAAAGAGAAGUCAGCAGAGUCUGAGCAUCCAACUCAUGAAUCAGAAACAGAGCCAGAGACUGAAAGGACUGAAGUUCAACAGAAAACAGAGGAGCAGAGUGAGGAUUCAACCCACGUAAGCCCAGUCACUGAGGGCACCAGAGAAAGGACUGAAGUCAAGGGUUCAUCAUUACCGAGUUUGGUGAGGGAGACAUCAGCUGCACAUCCUGAGAGUAAAGUUAUCAGCCAACAGAUCCAGAGGUCCAUAACUGUUAGAGAACAAGAUGCUAACCUAAAGAAACCAGAUCAAGAAUCUAAAUUUUCAAGUACUGACCCAAAACAGAGACUAGAGACAACGAAAACAGAAGAUCCAAAGGAAGCAGAACAACUUAAAGAUUCAACCAGCAGAAGUCAGAGUGCUGAAGGAGCUACAGAUGACACUUUAAUACAUGAAACUUCAGGGGAGAGUUUGGUAAAAGUUAUCAUAGCUGAAAAAUGUCAAAUAAACACCCUGAAGGACCAGAGAACCUCAACGGUCACAGGGGAAGCUGUGGAACUUAAGACUCUGGAAAGAGGCAGCGAUUCUGGAGCUCUCGAUGCUAAACAAGAACAGAAGGCGAAGUCUGAAGCAACUGAAGGUCAAGAGAAGACAACAUGUGCUGCUAAAUUAGCUGAUGCAAAACAGAGAGACAAAAACUUAAUUAAAAAUAUUGUUGAAGUUAGAAUUAAAGAGACAAAUGACCUGAAAGAGUUCAUAACAGAUGUCAAGCAAGAAUCUGAAACUAUCUUGUUAAAAAAUGUGUCAAGCACACAUUCAGAAUAUGAAGAAAUACUCGCUGUUGGUUUAGUUAAACUCCCCUUUAGCACUAAAGUGCAGAGAAAUGAUAAAGAUGCUAAAGAUAAAACAGGAAAACACGACUUGGCUGGGAGCUCUGCUACAGGAAGUGGUUUCAAACAGGAAGUCCAAACUUUAAGAGAAGAAAAAAUGUCUCAGAUUCCAACACUUGAUGACAUUUUAUUUCCUUCUCCGCUGAAAUCAUCCACUCCGUCUACUUGGUUAGAUGUAGAACAUCAUCAUAAACCGAGAAAGGAACCCAGAAAAAGGAUCACUACAUCAGCCAGUUAUGAUGAACUUCUGGAGCCUGAUGAAACUGAUGAUUUUCUCAGGAGCAUUAAGGAGGGUGGAAUCCCUUUUUCAUUUCCCCUGAAGAGGCACGUUCGUAAAAAGCCCCAGUCCCCAUCUUUUGCUCUGCCAGCCAUCAAGGAGGACCGCUUUGAGCGAACAUUUGAUCCUCAGGAAUUUCAGUUUGGCUUGAGGAAAAAUGGACGGAUUUUUACAGAUCUUGCUCCAGGCUUGGUGAUUAAACGAAAAGCAGCGAAUGGAGUCGAUGAAACCCUGGAAAAACCUUCUCAAGACGGUACCUCCGCACAUCCAAUGAAAACCCUUAGUGAGGAAGAAGGACAAGACGGGGUCAAAGAGGAAGCAGGAGAAAAUCAGUCUGGGAAGAUAACGUCAAGACUCGGAAGGAUCUCCAUCCUCUCCGGCUUGCUGAGCAGCCCUCGGUCUUCCAGGAAGAACAGAGAGGAAGCUGCCUCUACCUCAAAUAGCACACUUCCGUCUAACCAAGAGCAAGACAUGCCCUCAGCUGGACAGCUGGGAGGUGUUGACUCGCCUCCGCCUGCUGUCACAGCUGAUAACAGCAAUGCAAAAGGUACAGACCAAGACCCGGUCAUGGGAGGUGGUGUAGCUGUAAUUAGUGAAUCAGCAUUUCGCCCCUCCUCCCCGCCUCCUCUAGCCACGUUCCCAGAGAUAAAGGUGCCUGAUCAUUUAAAGAAAUACUCCAAGGAGGACGAAAUGGAUUCAGAGACCUCUCAGCUCUCGACACAGAUUACUAAAAUUAACCUGAAUUCUACGGAUGUGGACCAGGAGCUUGUAUCCACUGUGGAUGUGGGUCAGAAGGUCCCUGCAGGACAUCCCAAAGCCACCACCUACAGCCUGCAGGCUUCCAAAGAUGGACUUUCUACCACUCAAACUAAGAUGCCUGCAGUACGAGGCUUCCACAGAAGACCUGGGAAGAUUGUCCUGCAUGAGCACGCUCAGUUUGCUGGGGAGGCGUUUGAGGUCUGCGGGGAUGUGGAAGAUGCCACUACGAUGAAGCUGUCUCCUGUCAUUUCAGUCAGAGUCAUCAGGGGAUGCUGGCUCCUCUAUGAAAAACCAGGCUUCCAGGGCCGCAUCAUCGCCCUCGAGGAAGGUCCCACAGAGCAGAUAGUGAACAUGUGGGCGGAGGAGGAAAGUCCGGAAACACUGAACCAGAUGGAUCAACCCGUUCCAACAACACCGAUGGUCAUAGGUUCCCUUCGACUGGCAGUAAGAGACUACAGCAUACCUCAGAUUGACCUGUUUGCAGAGGUAAACGGGUUGGGGAGGAUGUCAUCUUACUGUGACGACACAGUGGAGCUCAGCUCCUUCGGGAUGCCGCAGACCACUGGCUCCAUCAAGGUUCACUCCGGAGUCUGGUUGGUGUACACUGAACCUGGGUUUGAGGGAUUCACCGGAGUGUUGGAGGUGGGGGAGUACCCCUGCCCAGAGAGCUGGGGCUUCCCGGAGCCUUUCAUUGGCUCUCUCAGACCACUUCGAAUGGGACCAAUAAAGGUGGAGCAUCCUACUGAUGUCAAGGCUCUGGUGUUUGAGAAGCCAAACUUUGAUGGAGAGUGUUUCGAGGUGGACGCUGAUGUCUACAACUUCUCAGAGCAGGAAGAAGAAGAUGCAGGAAACCCCGAUGUGAAGAAAAAGAGCCUGUGUUCAGUGGGGUCUAUAAAGAUCCUUGGUGGUCUCUGGGUGGGCUAUCAGGAAGCAGACUUUGAAGGCCAGCAGUACAUCCUGGAGGAGGGGGAGUAUCCUCACAGCAGUGACUGGGGAGGAUGUGAAGGCGGGUUUCAGUCUCUACGGCCUGUACUUGCAAACUUCCAGUCCCCCCAUCUUAAACUGUACAGAGAGCCAAACUUGAAUGAGCUGGGGGUCAGCAUGGACCUGCUGGGUCCCAUCCUCAACACGGAGGACAUCAACCACUGGACCAAAACCCAGUCCAUCAACGUCACUGCAGGAGUCUGGGUGGCAUUUGAGCAUCCUGGGUUCAGCGGAGAGCUUUAUGUGCUGGAGAAAGGGAUUUAUGCCAACCCAGAGGAUUGGGGAGCACAGAAGAUCUCAUCCUUACAGCCUGUCUUCCAUGACAUGCUGAUGGGAGCAACUAAAUUUAAGGUCCAGCUAUACUCCGAACCAGACUUCCAGGGAAAACUAGUGGCCCUGGAGGACAGUGCAACAGCUCUGGAUGAAGAUUUUAUGCCCCGGUCCUGUAAGGUGCAGGCAGGCAGCUGGGUGGCGUAUGAGGGAGCCCAGUUUACAGAGAACAUGUAUGUCCUGGAGGAGGGAGAGUACCCCAACACAGAAGCUAUGGGCCUCCUGUCGUCAGACUCCAACAUUCGAUCCAUGCAGACUGCUGGACAUGAGUUCUCCCUGCCCUCCAUCGUCUUGUUCAGUAAAGUGGGCUGUAAAGGUCGCAGGGUGGUGCUGACAUGCGGAGCUGUAAACCUGCUGCAGGCCGGCUUAGACUCGCGCAUAUGCUCCCUGGUGGUGGAGGGAGGAAUGUGGGUGCUGUAUGAGGGAAGUAACUACAGAGGUCGACAGCUGCUUCUUCAACCAAGCGAAGUGGGAGAUUUGUGCAAGUCAAAAGGCUGGCAGCGAAUAGGAUCGCUCCGCCCAUUAAUGCAGCAGAAACAGAUGUACUUUGGUCUGAGGAACAGGGAGAACGGAUGUAUGAUGUCUCUGACGGGAACGCUGGACGACAUCAAGCUGAUGAGGAUUCAGGCCGUGGAGGAGACGGGAGGACUGGAGCAGGUCUGGCUCUAUCGGGACGGACAAAUCACCUGCAAGCUGGUGGAAGACUGUUGCCUGGAGACAGCAGGUGGUGUGGUGAUGGCAGGAUGCCGGCUUUGCAUUUCCCCAGAGCGAGGAAAAGACAACCAGCUGUGGAACAUCACCCCUGAUGGCCUAGUUCGCUGCCACAUCCAGCCUGACCUGACCCUGGAAGUCAAAGGUGGUCAUCAAUAUGACAAGAACCAGGUAAUCCUCAACACCUUCGAUGAAAGCAAACUGAGCCAGAGAUGGACUUUGGAGAUCCUGUGAUCUGAUGAGGAGGUUUGGCCUCACAGCCCUGUGACGCAGCUGUCAGGAGACUUAGCCCCGAAGAGCAGCUCCACCGUGGAGCCCACGCUACAGAGAUUUUACAUGUUUACCAUUACUGAGGAGGACAACGUGCACUCUUUUUCUUUUUUUUUUUCUUUUAGAACAAAUGGAUAACCUUAAAUGUUUCCUUGUUGCCUUCAAACAUUACAAACCAAAGCCUCCAUGUUUUCACCAGCUGAAGUGAAAACUCUGCCCUGUUUCAAUGCUGCAGACUUUCUUUAUCUUGUGGUACUUUUAUAUGACAUGGACAUGGUUUCCACAACUAGUUUUCUGGUUUUAUGUUGGCAAAUGUGAAUGUAAUGUAAGUCUGGUGUGCAGACACCCCAAAGAUGCAUCCAGACAGUUUUACGUCUUGUAGAAAAUGAUCUGUUGUAAAGUUUUAACUUUGUAGGACUUCUUAGGUUUUUACACAAAGUGUGAUUCGCUCAUCCUGUUGUACAGAAAGCUGAAAUGUACAGACGGAGUCAUAACGUUAAGCAAUGCUGCCCUGUGCUGAUUGUAAAUAUUUAAGAAAACGUUUUGAAAAUUAAAACAAAGAUGUUAUUUUCA